AUGUAAGAAGGAUAUGAUGAUGACGAUGGUAAUUUCUAAGAUGAUUAAGAUCAAAAUGAAGAGGAUUAUGAUUAAUUUAAUCAAGUUGAUUAGAUGGAAUCCAAUCAAUUUGAUAACUCAUAAAAGGAUAAAUACUAAUAAGACAAGAAUUAUGGUAAUUACUAACCGGAUCAACAAAAAUAAAUUGAAGAUAAGAUAUCUGAGGAUUUGGAAGAAAAGAUGAAGAUGUUGGAUGAGUAUUCGAAAGAUAAGAGUGAAGAACAAAUAUUGAAUAUCAGAAUGCACUAGUUGGCAUUGGCCAAGAUUCUGGUAUUCACACAUGGCAAAGGAUAAUUUAAAUUAGUGAAAGCACAUACUAAUAUAGGCGAGGCAUAUCUAAAUUAUAAAUGUUAUGAGUAAGCGAUUGAUCAUCUAACUCUUGCUUUGAAGAAAAAUGCCAAAUUGUAUAAUGAAGAAUAAGAAAGCAAGAGUUACAAUUCAAUCAUUCUCACAUUACUUGGAAAAUGUUAUCUAGAAAUCAAUAGUUAUGAAGAAUCCUUGGAUUUAUUGAAAAAGGCCUAUGAAACCCAAUGUUAGAUCUAUGGAGAUGAAACUGAGCAUUCAAUUUAAACAUUGACGCUGAUGUCUAAUUGCCAUACCAACCUGAAAGACUACGAUGCUAGUGAAGAAUGCAUUACUAAAGUGUUUGCUAUUACAGAAGCCAAAUACGGUUAUAAGUCUGAAUAGAGUGCAAUUUCUUAUAUUGAAAAAGCCAAAAUAUUUGCAUGCCAAGAAAAUUGGAAGGAUGCAAUUCAAUGUCAGACAAGUGCUAUAGAUAUGUUAGUAGAAAUUAAUUAUCAUAAAACUGAAUAUGUAGCAGAACUAUACUAAUAGUUAUCAACUUAUUACGAGAAGAUUAAAUCUACUGAUGAACAAAUUGCUUGUCUAUAGAAAGUGAAAUAGAUCUAUAUUGAAUUAUAUACUGCCUAAGACAAGAAGGUUAUUAAGAUAAAACGAUAAAUUGCCAUCAUCUAAUUAAGAUAAGAGAGACAUUAAGAAGCACUGGGUGAAUUAUAUGAAACUGAAGAUCUAGAAGUUAAAGUAUAUGGAGAAGGAAGUGUUUAAGUAGCAAAGACUCAAAAGAUUCUUGGCACAAUAUUGUUGUUAGUCUAGGAAUUUAGAGAUGCUUUGAGUUAUUUUUAGAAGAGUUUGAAAACCUUUGAGGAGAAUGGUAUGAAGAAGGCUGUUGCGGAGGUUAAGUAGAGGAUCAAAAGUGUGAAGGAAAUGAAGGAGAAAGGAAAAGGCUAAUUAAACUUAAAGGAUAGAUAAAACAUCAUGUAAGAUUAUUGA